AUGGCUAGAUUCUCUUCUCUUUUGGCACUCGGUUUGGCAUUCAUUGCUGGUAUUGUUUCUGCUCAAUCUGGCGAAACUGUCGCCACCAACAUUGAGGUUACUGCCCAAUUUCCUGAUAAUCCAUUUGGUUUGAUUGUCAAUGGUCAACGUAACAAGGUUAUUUUGGAUAUUGUCAACAAGGAGAAGACUCCCUAUACUGUCUUUGCUGUCACUGGCCAAGUUUCCAAUGCUGAUGAUUAUACUAAGGUUGUUCGUAACUUGACUGCCACUCGUUAUGGUAAGGCUCUUGAAGCUGGCAAGAAUCUUCAAAUCCCUUACAACUUCUACUCUGAAUUUGCUCCUGGAGAACAUGGUUUAACCGUCUUUGUUGAUUUAUUGGUUGAUAAAACUGUCACCCGUGUUGUUGGUUACAAUGGUACUAUCACUGUUACUGAGCCUGAGGGUUCCUGGUUUGAUGCCCAACUUCUUGUUCUUUAUGCUGUUCUUAUUGCUGGUGCCGCUGGUGUUGCUUAUAUUGUUCGUGAAGCUUUCUUUGCUGAUACCAAGAAGUCCAAGAAGACAAAGAAGGUUGAAGAGCCCACUAAACGUCCCGCUCAUCGUGAUGAGAAGGGUGAAAUGGUUUUGGAUCAAUCUUGGAUUCCUGAGCAACAUCUCAAUUUGAACAGCCCCAAGAAAACCUCGCCCAAGAUGAAGAAGAGAUCUUCUCGCAAGUAA